CCUUUCCCUCGGAGGAAGGGAGGCAGCGAGCGCAGGGGGAGCCCGAGCCGCAGCCCCGGGACCAGCAGCAUGGCCGGGGGCCGGGCGCGCUGCCUGCUGCUCGCCUUCGCCGUGCUGGGCCGGGCGCUGGACGUGGCCGACUACCCCGACUACGCGGAGCCCGAGCCCGAGCCGCUGGACUACAAGGACCCGUGCAAGGCCGCUGCCUUCCUGGGAGACAUCGCGCUGGACGAGGAAGAUCUCCGGAUGUUCCAGGCAGACCGCAUAACGGACCUCACGCGCCACACCACGCUCAGGGUGGCCACCAACUCCUCAGGUAGCAACACCAACAACACCAGGCUGAGGCCCAGGAGGCACCGCAAGAGGCACGGGUGGCUGGUCCGGCAGCGCUCGCGGAGUCGCCGGGCUGCCACAUCCCGCCCGGAGCGGGUGUGGCCAGAUGGGGUCAUCCCCUAUGUGAUUAGUGGGAACUUCAGUGGCAACCAGAGGGCAAUCUUCAGGCAGGCCAUGCGGCACUGGGAGAAGUUCACGUGUGUCACCUUCUUGGAGCGCACCGAGGAGGACAGCUACAUCAUCUUCACCUACCGGCCCUGCGGGUGCUGUUCCUAUGUGGGCCGCAGGGGAGGUGGGCCCCAGGCCAUCUCCAUUGGCAAAAACUGUGACAAGUUCGGCAUCGUGGUUCACGAGCUGGGACAUGUCAUCGGGUUCUGGCACGAGCACACCCGCCCGGAUCGGGAUGACCACGUGGCCAUCAUCAAGGAGAACAUCCAACUAGGGCAGGAGUACAACUUCUUGAAGAUGGAGCCUGAAGAGGUGGAGUCGCUUGGUGAGACAUACGAUUUCGACAGCAUCAUGCACUAUGCCAGGAACACCUUCUCCAGGGGGAUUUUCCUUGAUACCAUCCUGCCCAAAUAUGAAGUGCAAGGAUUGCGUCCCUCCAUUGGCCAGCGCACUCGCCUGAGCAAAGGUGAUAUAAGUCAAGCCCGCAAGCUCUACAGGUGCCCAGACUGUGGAGAGACCCUGCAGGAGAGUCAAGGCAACUUCUCCUCCCCGGAUUUCCCCAAUGGAUAUGCUGCGCACAAACACUGUGUCUGGAGGAUAUCAGUCACCCCUGGGGAAAAGAUCAUCCUGAACUUCACGACCUUGGACAUCUACCGAAGCCGGCUGUGCUGGUAUGAUUACGUGGAGGUGAGAGACGGGUUCUGGAGAAAGGCCACGCUGCGAGGUAGGUUCUGUGGGAACAAGCUCCCCGAACCCAUCAUCUCCACUGACAGCCGCCUUUGGAUCGAGUUUCGAAGCAGCAGCAACUGGGUCGGCAAAGGCUUCUUUGCAGCCUAUGAAGCCAUCUGUGGGGGAGAAGUGAAGAAAGAUAAUGGCCACAUCCAGUCCCCCAACUACCCUGACGACUAUCGGCCCAGCAAAGUGUGCAUCUGGAAGAUCACUGUCUCUCCAGGCUUUCACGUGGGCAUCAUUUUCCAGUCCUUUGAGAUCGAGCGACAUGACAACUGUGCCUACGACUACCUGGAGAUAAGGGACGGCCCCUCUGAGUCGAGCAAGGAGCUUGGCAGGUACUGCGGCUACGACAAGCCCGACGACAUCAAGACCACUUCCAACAAGGUCUGGAUGAAGUUUGUCUCGGACGGCUCCAUCAACAAGGCUGGCUUCUCUGUCACCUUCUUCAAAGAGGCAGACGAAUGCUCGCGUUCUGACAACGGCGGGUGUGAGCAGCGCUGCGUGAACACGCUGGGCAGCUACAAGUGUGCCUGUGACCCCGGCUAUGAACUGGCUGCAGACAAGCGCCGCUGUGAGGCUGCCUGUGGAGGGUUCCUCACCAAGCUCAAUGGCUCCAUCACCAGCCCUGGCUGGCCAAAGGAGUACCCGCCCAACAAGAACUGCAUCUGGCAGCUGGUGGCCCCAACCCAGUACCGCAUCUCGUUGAAGUUCGACUUCUUUGAGACAGAAGGCAACGAUGUGUGCAAGUACGACUUUGUGGAGGUGCGCAGCGGGCUGACGGCCGACUCCAAGCUGCACGGGAAGUUCUGCGGGGCUGAGAAGCCAGAUGUCAUCACCUCCCAGUACAACAACAUGCGCAUCGAGUUCAAGUCCGACAACACCGUCUCCAAGAAGGGCUUCAAAGCCCACUUCUUCUCAGACAAAGAUGAGUGCUCCAAGGACAACGGUGGGUGCCAGCAUGAGUGCCUCAAUACCUUCGGUACCUACAUGUGCCAGUGCCGCAGUGGCUUUGUGUUGCAUGACAACAAGCAUGACUGCAAGGAAGCUGGCUGUGACCACAAAGUGACCUCCAUCUCAGGCACCAUCACCAGCCCCAACUGGCCCGACAAGUACCCGACCAAGAAGGAGUGCACGUGGGCACUGACAACCACCGCUGGACACCGCAUCCAGCUGACCUUCUCAGAGCUGGACAUUGAGAGUCACCAGGAGUGCACUUAUGACCACCUGGAGGCUUACAAUGGGAAAGACGCCAAGGCCCCCAUCCUCGGCAGGUUCUGCGGGGCAAAGAAACCAGAGCCCAUCCUGUCCACCAGCAACAAGAUGUUCCUCAAGUUCUUCUCCGAUAACUCCGUCCAGAGGAAGGGCUUUCAGGCCAGCCACACAACAGUGUGUGGGGGCCAGAUGCGAGCGGAGGUGAAAACCAAGGACCUGUACUCGCACGCACAGUUUGGAGACAACAACUAUCCAAGCGGCACAGACUGCGAGUGGGUGAUCAUGGCGGAGGAGGGCUAUGGGGUGGAGCUCAUCUUCCAGACCUUUGAGAUAGAGGAGGAGGCGGACUGCGGCUAUGACUACAUGGAGCUCUUCGACGGCUACGACGGCUCAGCCCCGCGCCUGGGCCGCUACUGUGGCUCUGGGCCCCCCGAAGUGGUCUAUUCGGCGGGAGACUCUGUGAUGAUCAAGUUCCACUCGGACGACACCAUCAACAAGAAGGGCUUCCACCUGCGGUACACCAGCACCAAAUUCCAGGACACACUGCAUACACGGAAAUGACAACCCCAUGCCACGAGGAGCCCCGGCACCCCCGACACCGGAGACACGGUCCUCUCUGGAGUUGAACAAAUGCAUGCGGGGGGCAGGAGCAGACUGGAUGGAGGAACACACAGGAAACCUCAGCACUCAGACACACGCCGAGGCCUGGCUGGGAGGCACAGCCAGUUCCUCGCAUGGACGCUGUCAGGUCGGACCUGGGGGGGGCUCUUUCUUUAAACAUCCGUUCUGGUGCCUCUUCAGCCUUUGGAAGCUGGGCACCAGCCAGGCCAGGAGUGAACAUCCUCCUUAACCACUUUGCCACCCCUGAUUUCUGAAUUGAUUCCACCCCCAGCCCCUACCUGCCUCUCCCUGCCCCACUCUCUGCCUCCCCAGAGGUGCUGCUUAGUGCAAGAAAGUCCAGCAUGUCUGGCAGACCUUGUCUUAUAUGAAGGCAACCAGGCCAGUCUCAGCUGAGCUCUCUGAAUGUACAGGCCCGAGCCCGUGAGGAGCCCGCCGCCCACACCCUGAAGGUGCUCUUUCUCUCUUGUAAUGCCGUAAUAAAUACUCUCUCUUGUA